GCUUCCAACAUCCAACGCCAGGAGAGAAGCCAGGGGUCCUGAGCAACUUUAAAAACUCCCUGGUCUCCCGGCUCCUGGCUGAUGCCCGCUCAGUGCUGGGAGGCCGCAGUGCCCGAGACACACUGGCUGCCCUCGGGAACUGACCACAGAGAUCCUAGAGACGCUUCUGAAGAGGGCUUCCCUGGUGUCUGCAAUGGGGCAAGCCCAGGACCCCCUGGCCCGCUUUCUGGAUGCUGCUAAGGACUUUGCACAGGAGCUGCUGACCCUGCCCAGCCUGAUGGAGCUCCGAGGUCUGCUGCGGAGGCCCAAAGGGAUAGCUGGGCCCCUAGAGCUGAUGUCAGAAGCCCCGUGCAGUGACAAGGGGCCUAGCAGCCCAGGUGGCCUCUCCCUCAAUUGGUAUGAUGCCAGCCAACUAAGCGACUUCCUGGAGCCUGAGCUGGUGCCUACCCUGCCUGAUAGCAGCCUCAGCCCUGCCUGCUCUGAGUUAAUGGGAGCACUGGAUGACCACCCACUAUCACACCAAACUGGAGGAGCCGGAGCAUUGACUAGAAGACAUCUUUCCUCGAUUCGGGAUGCCUCAGGUAAUAGGGUCAGAUAACGGACCGGCCCUCGUCUCCCAGGUAAGUCAGAAAGUGGCCAGGUUGUUGGGAAUUGAUUGGAAAUUACAUUGUGCUUACAGACCCCAGAGUUCAGGCCAGGUAGAAAAAAUAAAUAGAACAAUUAAAGAGGCUUUAACUAAAUUUUCACUUGCAACUGGCACAAAGGACUGGGUGGAACUCCUACCUAUGGCUCUGUAUCGCGCCAGGAACACCCCAGGCCCAUUUGGGUUAACCCCGUUUGAAAUCUUGUAUGGGGCGCCCCCUCCCGCUGUGAACUUCCUUAGCCCAGAUAUUUCAAGUUAUGUAGGUUCUGUCUCUCUCCUCGCCCAUUUGCGAGCUUUGCAGAUGGCACACGAAGAGAUUUGGAAACCCCUAGCUGCUGCUUACAAAGAUUCCCAUAACACUCCUGUUGCACCCCACCCAUUUCAGCCCGGUGACUCCGUCUGGGUAAGGCGACACCAGACCCGGAACUUAGAGCCUCGCUGGAAGGGACCCUACACCGUUCUCCUGACGACCCCCACCGCUCUCAAAGUAGACGGAAUUGCGGCUUGGGUCCACGCCUCGCACGUCAAGGCAGCGAACCCUGAACAUCAAGAGCAGUCCUCCGACGGAAAGAAAUGGCGGCUGGCCCGAACAGGAAACCCCCUAAAGCUAAGACUCACUACAAUUUGAUAAUCAUAAUUCUGUUUUCUCUUAUUCCUGCUAUCCAGUGUCCCAACCCUCAUGCUGUGUACAACAUAACCUGGACAUUAAUUGGUCUCCGAGAUAAUCAGCCCCUUAAUCAGACCUCAAGGGUGGGGACUUUAGGUGCCACCUUCCCAAGCCUAAGCUUCAAUCUGUGCAGAUUAAUCCCUGGGUUUUGCUGUGGGACAAGAGGUCGCUUCCAUGGGGUAUAUGCAUGCCCAGGAAAUGAGAGAAAAAAAGACCUCAUAACCUCGUGCGAAGGGCCAGAGGUAGGAUACUGUGCUGUCUGGGGCUGUGAGACCACCGGGACCACUUACUGGAAACCCAGCUCUAGUUGGGAUUUGAUUAAGCUGACAGAUGGAGGGACCAGAGCAUGUACAGAUACUAACUGGCUGACUAUGAGUUUCA